AUGGGAAAUGUUUUCGGAUCUCACGCAGGGGAAGCGUCCUCAGAUUCUCUCUCUGCGAUCGAUUACUUUGGUACAGGCUCAGCCAGUGGAGCCAAGAAAAGGAAAACAGGAUUGGAGGAGGAUCAAGGAGGCGAGGAAUAUGAGGAUGGAAGUGAAAGCGGGGAUUCUGGCGCAGGAGGCAAAAGGAAGCGAAAGGAUGAAUCGAGAAACGUGAGGAAGCAGAAGAAAAAGAACCAGGUGGAGGCGAAAGCUGGUGGUGGACCACAGAAGGAGGCAGUGGGAAACGGCAUCACCUGGACCUCCGCACUGGACACAAAGAUUCAAAAUCUACCAAGUGAUGGGAAGGAGAGGAACUCACAGAAGACACUGAAGCAUCUUCAUCAACAAAAGGUUAAUCGUAUUCGUUCUCAACACCGGAUAAAUGUGCAUGGCUGCGACGUACCUGACCCCCUAUGUACAUUUGAGGAGCUGCAAACUGAGUAUCAUCUCAAUCCACGUGUCCUUCAGAACCUCAAGGACAUGGGGCUGAACUCCCCAACACCAAUCCAGAUGCAGGCAAUGCCUCUCAUGAUGCAUGGUCGGGAGCUCCUGGCCUGCGCUCCCACAGGAUCAGGAAAAACGCUGGCAUUCUGCCUGCCACUACUCGCCCACUUGCAGCAGCCAGCUAACCUGGGCUUUAGAGCUGUGAUCAUCUCCCCAACCAGAGAACUGGCCAGCCAGACCUACAGAGAGCUGCUUCGCCUGUCAGAGGGAGUCAGAUUUAGGGUUCACAUUAUAGACAAAGCUUCGCUGGCAGUCAAGAAAUAUGGACCGCAGUCAAACAAAAAAUAUGAUAUACUCGUCAGUACUCCAAACAGACUCAUUUUCCUUCUUAAGCAGGAUCCUCCAGCUCUAGACCUCAGCAGUGUGGAGUGGCUGGUUGUCGAUGAGUCUGAUAAGCUGUUUGAAGAUGGUAAGACAGGCUUCAGAGAGCAGCUGGCCACAAUUUUUCUGGCCUGCUGUGGCCCAAAGGUGCACAGAGCUUUCUUCAGUGCCACCUGCACGCCAGAUGUAGAAAAGUGGUGCCGUCUGAACCUUGACAACUUGGUGUCUGUCAACAUCGGACACAGGAACACGGCAGUGGAGACGGUGGAACAGGAGCUGCUGUUUGUAGGGACAGAGAACGGCAAACUAGUGGCAAUGAGGGACAUCAUCAAAAAAGGUUUUCUGCCUCCCAUGCUGGUGUUUGUUCAGUCUAUAGAGCGAGCACGGGAACUCUUCCAUGAGCUGGUGUACGAAGGCAUCAAUGUAGAUGUCAUUCAUGCAGAACGCACACAGCAGCAGAGGGACAACGUAGUGAAUAGUUUUCGCUCUGGUAAGAUUUGGGUGUUGAUAUGUACGGCUCUGCUCGCAAGAGGAAUCGACUUCAAAGGAGUUAACCUCGUGCUGAACUACGACUUCCCCACCAGUGCAGUGGAGUACAUCCACCGAAUCGGACGUACCGGUAGAGCUGGACACCAGGGGAAGGCCAUCACCUUCUUCACAGAAAAUGACAAGCCACUGCUGCGCAGCAUUGCUAAUGUUAUAAAACAAGCUGGCUGUCCUGUACCUGACUACAUGAUCGGCUUCAAGAAGAUACACAGCAAAGUAAAGAGGAGACUAGAGAAGAAACCUCCCAAGAGAAGCACCAUUUGCACAACCCCUCGCUUCUUAAUGAAGAAAAAAGGCAAAGUGCCUAAAAAAGCACAGAAGCAGGCAGCGAGUGGAGAGCAGAAAGGAGAAAUCAGAGCUCAACCAGAGGCACUAAAGCAACAGGGAGAAAAGAAAACCAAAGAACACGGAUUGAAGAAAAGAAAUAAAACACAGAAAGAAGGGGGAACAGAAAAACACAAGGCGGCAUCACAGAAGAUGAGAUUCAGUUCCUCUGGAGCCAAGUUAAAAAAGAAAAAAGAAGAAAAAUAAGCCACCAGAGGAAUAGUGGAGGGUGAUGCACACAGAUGCAUCUGAUGUACUGCUAGUUUCCACAUUUGUGCUUUGUAUUAUCAGACUAUAAAUAAACUGUUUUUCAGUGAA